AUGUCAGCCGAUAAUUUGGAUUUGCUGGAAAAAAUAAAUUAUCUUAAAAGUUUAAGAGCCAUUCGCGAACGUUCAAAUAAAAUUUAUCAAAAGGGCGAAACCAACAACCUUGAUCAUUUCCAUGUAAAUCUAUCAAAUAUCCAAGAGGUUAUUAAUGUAAUGGCCUCACUUAUUAAGCGUGAUUAUAAAAAUAUCAAUGAUAUUCCACCUCAUGGCCGUUGGCGUCAUUUUGAUGUUGGGGGGCAUUCACGUAUUUGGACUCUGAUCAAUUCUUGGAAAGAUGAUUGUGAUACACUUGAAAUAACUCGGAGAAUUCUUGAUUUAUUUGUUGUGUCAGUUUUGUUAGAUGCUGGUGCUGGAAAUACUUGGUCUUAUAAGGAAAUUGGAUCCGGUGAAGUGUAUAAUAGAUCUGAAGGAUUAGCUAUCGCUUCAUUGGAUAUGUUUAAGUCUGGCAUUUUCUCUAGUCAAGAAAAUCAACCACAUCAAGUUAAUGCUGACAAACUGAUAAAUAUUAGUGUAAAUGAUGUUAGUAAAUCUUUUCAGGUUAAUGAUAAUAACCUUUUGGCAGGUCUUGAAGGUCGUUCCAAUUUGUUGGUUAGGUUGGGUCAUGCAUUGAAAAGUCAUCCUGAGUUUUUUAAAUUAAAUGAUAAUUUGCCACCAAGACCUGGAAAUUUAUUAGAUUAUCUUUUAUCAAAUUCGAUAAAACAAGAGAAUGAUAUUGUGGUAAAAAUUGAUACAUUAUGGUCAGUUAUUGUUGAUGGUUUUUCAGAUGUCUGGCCUCCAACAAGAACUUCAGUGGCAGGAAUUUCUCUUGGAGAUGUAUGGCCAUUUGAUGGUCUUAAAAAAACAUCAGAUGCACAUGUCGAUGAUCCUACAGAAAACCUUAUUCCAUUUCAUAAACUUUCGCAAUGGCUAACUUAUUCGCUUAUGGAACCGAUCACUAAAAUAUAUGGUGUUAAAUUUGAGGGAGUAGAACAUUUGACUGGAUUGCCAGAAUAUAGAAAUGGUGGUCUUUUUGUUGAUACUGGUGUUUUAACUCUCAAAUCAAUUGAUAUGGAUCGUGGUCUCGAUUACGCCAAAAAAUUUUCAAAAAAUGAUUUGGAGGUUGUUCCGAUGUUCGAAGCUGAUGAUUCUUUGGUGGUUGAAUGGCGUGCCAUGACAGUAAUUCUUUUAGAUAUAGUAGCACAGAGAAUUAGAGAUCACCUUGGUUUAUCUGAACAACAACUCUCAUUAGCUCAAGUACUUGAGGCAGGGACAUGGAAAGCUGGAAGAGAACUUGCUGCUUCUUUACGUCCAAAGACACGUGGACCUCCUAUUGCUAUAAAAUCUGACGGAACAGUGGCUUUAACAACAAUGAAGGUAAAAUUGAAAGGUGCACAAACUGGUCAUAGUUUGUUAAAGCGUAAAAGUGAAGCAUUAACAAAACGGUUCCGAACUAUAACUCAAAAAAUUGAUGAGGCUAAAAGAAAGAUGGGAAAAGUUAUGCAAACAGCUUCAUUUUCAUUAGCAGAAGUGACUUAUAUUGCUGGCGACAUUAGUUAUCAAGUUCAAGAAAGUGCCAAGAGUGCUCAAUUACGUGUUCGUACCAAACAAGAAAAUGUCUCUGGUGUCAUGUUACCGGUUUUUGAACAUUAUACGGAGGGAGGAAAUGAUUUUGAGUUAACUGGUUUGGGAAGAGGUGGUCAACAAGUUCACAAAUGUAAAGAGACAUAUAUUAAAGCAGUGGAGACUUUGGUAGAAUUGGCUUCAUUGCAAACCGCAUUUGUGAUUUUGGAUGAAGUCAUUAAAGUAACCAACCGUCGUGUUAAUGCUAUAGAACAUGUUAUUAUACCUAGAUUAGAAAAUACAAUCAGAUACAUAAUUUCUGAAUUAGAUGAACAAGAUCGUGAAGAAUUUUUUAGAUUAAAAAAGGUACAAGGUAAAAAGAAGAAAGAUCAAAAGAUAGCCGAAGAAGAAAAGAAAGUGCUUUCACUUAUAGAAAAUGCUGAAGAUUAUUCUUCAUAUGAUUCAAGACCUCGAGAUUUAUUGGAAAAAAAUGAUGACGAGGAUAUUAUAUUUUAA